CUGAUGCAGACGAUCUAUUGAUCGCGUGCGAACGUUUACGCAAACAAUCCGUUUGUAAUGGUCCGGCGGAAUUUCGGUUGGUUGUUUCUCAGUGAGAAAAUACCGGUAUCGAAACAAGCGCUAACUGUGCUGUUUAAAAAUGAGUGAAACUAGUUGGCAAUAUUUGCCAAACUUUUCUGAAUUUAAUUUAUUAGUUAAAUGCGAGCAACUAUGGAGAUUAAGAAUUCAGACUGGUGGACGCAGUCGUCAUUCGUUGUGGGUUUUAUACCUGAUUCUUUUAUCUUUACUCACCGACCAAUUCAAAUCGGUCGUAUCUUGCGAGUUUACCUUUGGCUAUGAAACUGAAGAUUACCUCUCUGCUGUAAUCAAUCUUACAUAUGUGGAUCCUGCGACAGGUGUACUUAUUCAAGAAAAUCUAGAUAUGGGCAAGCUUUUGCCUGGAAAAUCUGAUGAAGUUAGCGGCAUAGUAGUUCAUAUAACAAGUAAUAACCAUACCAGCCAUGAAGCGUGCGAGAAAAUAGACACCGACUCUUUACCUCGAGAGCCGUAUAUAGCUUUGAUAAAGCAUGGCAGCUGCAGAGAUCAAGUCAAGCUAAGGAAUGUUGCAGAUGGCAAUGCUUCAGCGGCGGUCCUCUACAACGACAACCACAGUACAAGAUUUAUAAAGGUAGAACGAAGAGCAAAUCGAAUCACAUUUGUUGUCAUAAGUGAAAAGAAAGGUGAACAGAUUGCUGCUCUUGUGGACAAUGGAACACGUGUUAUGAUGAGAAUUGGUAUUGGAUCCCAUGGUGUAUUUCGUUUUGGCCAGAUCAACAAAACAUCUGUAUUAUUUGUCUCUAUUUCAUUUAUCAUUCUUAUGAUUAUUUCAUUUGCAUGGCUUGUGUUUUAUUAUAUUCAGAGAUUCCGAUAUAUCCAUGCAAAGGAGAUACUUUCAAGACGCCUCUGUAGUGCCGCAAAGAAAGCACUGGAUAAAAUCCCUGUUAAGACUGUGAAAACAGAUGAUUCUGACCAUGACGAAGAUUAUGAAUGUUGUGCUAUAUGUAUUGAGCCUUUCCAGCAUGGUGAAUUGAUAAGGUCUUUACCUUGCAAGCAUUGUUUUCACAAAAUUUGCAUUGAUCCAUGGUUGCUUGAACAGAGAUCUUGUCCUAUGUGCAAAUUAGACAUUCUUUUGCAUUUUGGCCUCAUUUAUACUGGUAGCCAAGAGAGUAUGUUAGAAAUUGAAGAUGAAGAGUUUAGAAGACCCCGUCAUAGCUUAGUAGAGCAUGAAAUUCUUUUAGUUCAAAAUCAGAGACGCCGUUCAAGUGUUAGAGUUGCUAUAUCUCGAAGAGAAGACAGAGCUACAUCACCUUGUAGCCUAUCAUCGUUAGAUCCUGAUGCUGCAGUUGUCGAGCAGUCAUUUGUUACAACUACUGUUGAUGUUUCAGAUGUUGCUGUUAAUACUAGUGAUCCAUCAGAGGCAGAUUAUGAAAGCAGUGAAGAAAGAUGGACUUCACUAUUCCCUCAAAAACUCACAAAUAGAAAACUAAGUCAAAGUCAAGAAUCUGUUCAUUUAAACUAUAACUGUUCUAGUAAUAAAGCAGACACAGAAAACUAUGAAGUCUGUGACAUAAGUUUUGAAAAUUGAUAUUGUGUAAGUAAAAAUGGUGAGAUAAUCCUUUUAAUGUGAUACUUUAUUUUGUGAGAUAUGCUUGUUAUCUGUUACAUUCUAACUAAUGAAAAUUAUCUGUUACAUUCUAAAAUAAUUAUUUUCAGUAAAGGAAGGAUGUGUAACUAACUACUUUUAGCUCGCAUUCAACUGAGAGCUUUGAGCAUGCUGGCAAUAAUCUGGUCUUCAAGCCACUGAGUAAUAUUAUAAUGUUAAAAAAUGCUAUGAUAUGGUCUAUAGUGAUGGAUUCAUAACUGUUCACAUACAUGAUGCUGAAGCUAGAUUGUUGGUAGUACAUUUGUUAUGGCAUUCUGUUUUAAAUAUCAUCCUAUUAAUUUUGUCAUAUAUGAAAUUUUAGGUAUGUAUUUUAUGGAUCAGUUCUAAAAGGUAUUAUAAGAUUAAUUAGAUAAUUAAUAUGAAAAUAAAAUUUUGUCGUGUUUCUAAUUUGCAACCUUUGAAAAUUAUACUUUACAAAAUAUUUUAGGUAUGGGAAUAAUAAAUUUUCUAAAUCUAAAAUUUAGAAAUCUGAAAAUUUUUAUACUUGCUAUCUAGUAAUAAAAGUUUUAAAAUCUGUGAUGUCUAAUAAUUGUUUAAGAACUUUCCAAAGCAAAAUAAGUAAGAUAAUAUUAAAUAUCAAAGCAAAAUAAGUAAGAUAAUAUUAAAUAUAACAAAAUUAGAUAAAAAUUCCUUUGCCUCUUUGAAAACUGUAUCAUAUGAAGAUAUUGGGUUAUUGCAUCUAAAAAUGUCCAGUUUUUUAAGAUAAAAGGAAAUAUGUUUGUUUGGAGGUCAUUACGUUUAGUAACAUAUUUAAUAGCAAGACAUCCAUUUUACUUUAGUAGACAUUGGACAGUACUGUACUCAGGAAAGUUAUUAUUUUGAAAAAAUGAAGUCUAAAAUAUCUGCAUUUCAGUGUAAUAAAAUUUUAUUGCCCAAAAUAUGACCAAAUUCCUCAAAACAUAUUAAUCUGUGUAAUUAAUCAGGAUAAUUUUCGGGUGUACAUAAAACCUCUUAUCUCAAAAUUUCUCAUUUUAAUUAUGUUGUUCAGCGGCAUUGGAGUUAUUUAAUUUGUUAUGAAGGAUACACUUUCACAUUUAAUUUGUUCAAGCUUACAGGAGUAACAGACGGACAUAAAUGUUAAAUGACAUGAAUAAUAUCUUAAUGACAUAAAUGUUAAAAACUUAAAUUUCUGCAUUUAAAUGUAAGAAAAUUUUAUUCUCAGAUGAUGAUAAAGUUUCUCAAAACAUAAUGACAAUGUUAAUCAGGAAAAUUCCAGGCUCUAGAUAUAAUCGGUCUCAAAUUUAGCAUUUCUAGCAUAUUAUGCAACAGUAUUUUACUGGGUUAAUUUAUUAUGAAGGAAGUGUUUUCAUGUUGUCUUCAUGCAAGCUUACUAUAGCAAAGACUAACAUGAUUAUCUCAACAGUAAAAUUUCUUCAUUAGAGUGUAAGAAAAUUUUAUUCCACAAAAGAUGGCCAAAUUCCUCAAAAGUAAUCAACAGAAUUGCAUGGUGAAGGUAACAUCUCUCAUCUUAAAUGUUACAUUUUCAGCAUGUUGUGCAACUAUAUUUGAGUGGGUUAAUUUAUUAAGACAAAAUGUUUUUGAAUUUAAUUUGUCCAAGCCAUUCAUAGCAACAGACUGACAUUAUUAUUUCAGGAUGAAUAUUUCUACACUGUAGAGUUAGAAAAUUUUAUUCUACAAAAGAUAACUAAAUUCCUUGAAACAAUCUGUAUGAAUUAUCAGGAGAAUUCCAGAGUGUAAUGAAGAGUGUUCCAGAGUGUUCUUAUCUCAAAUUUCACAUGUCAGCAUGUUGUGUAGCAGUAUUGUACUGGGUUAAUUUAUUAUGAAGGAAAUGUUUUCACAUUUAAUUUUUUUUUUUAAUCUACUGUAGUGGCAGACUCUCAUGAUUCUUUCACCUGCCUGUAAAAAUGAAUGAUGCAUCAUCAUGUUGGAAAAAAGAAACUUUUAGCAGCUUUGAAUGUGUCUAAUUGUGUGAUUGUUUUUGAUUGCCUCAUAUGUUUCUUAGUAGUAUAUAUUUAGUGUGUAAUUUGGUCUCUUUAAUGCGGCAUUGGAAAGUUAAUAGCAUAUUCCAAUUGCUAUUUGUUUUAUUAUUGUGCGAUGUAUUUUUAAAGUGUAUUCUGAGGCUGCUGAAGGAGUAAUUGUGGAAAAACAAUGCUUUUAGAUAUAAGUAUACAGAAUCUGAAUCUUUCUGGGAUGCUCUAGCAUUUGCUCUAAAAUCAUGUGUUAUGUUAUAGCUCUUUUUGUGUAAAAAAUAAAGAAUGUUUAAAGUUCAUUCUACAACUAGGUGAUAUAGUACCAAAUGUUUGAUAUGCUCACUUGAGUAAUUUUAAGAUUCUUUUUAUCAGAUAUAUAUCUUUAUAAAAUUUAUAGAAUUUUCUACCAAAUUUGGUUUAAUAUUUCCGAUUCAUAUUGAAUUAUAUUUAAAAAAUUCCUCAGUACAAAUUUAAUAUAUGUUUCGCCUAAUUUUUAAUGAUUUCAUAUAUAAUUAGGAAAGAAGAGAUUCAUGUGUAAUGUAUCAUUUCUUAAUUUCUUGAGAAUGAAAUUUUUGCUUAUCAUAUUUUUUCAUAUUUUAGCAACAAAAGCUCUCCAAUAGUUCAGCAUAAGCUUAUUUAUAAAUUGAACAUUCAAAAUAAAAAAAAAAGUAAAUAUUUCAGGAAAUAUGUCCAUUAAAAAUGAUAAAAAUAAAAGUUUGCUUCCUAUACAGGAAAUUUUCUACAACAUUUUAGAAUUAUUAUUUAAAACAUGAUUCAUUGUAAAAAAUUAAAUGAAACAUACAUUUAAGUGUAUGAAAAGCGAAACACAUUUUAUAUCCAUUUUCAUUGAGGCUCAGUUUUCUGUAUGUACAUUAUGUGCUGGUAUCUUAUAUUGUCAACCUAUUCGUUUUAAAGAACUGUAAUAACUCAGAAAGUGACUUGCACUGUAAGUCAAGAUUUUCAAUUUAUGAUUAUCAAGGCUACAUAUUCAACACCUACUGCAAGUCAUUAUUUCAAAAAAAAAAAAAAAAAAAAAAAAUCCGUUUUGUUAACAGAUAUACUGAUUUUUGUUGUAAAGAUGAAGUUUGAAACAUAAUGCAAGUUACAGUUGUUUUGCAGACUUGUUUUAGAAACAUGCAAGCAAUAAACAGAGAAUGCUUAUCAUUGCUUUGGAGGUGAUGUUAAGGUUCCUUAAUUACUAAAUAUAUCCCAUAGUUAGACUGAUUUUUUUUCCCUUUAAAUUGUCAGCCUUUUGUACUAUGUAGUUUUAAAUUGCUGUUGAUUAUUAUGUGAUGCAAAAAUUUAAUUCAGCAUUAUAUGUCACAGUGUUCUGAUACAUCUUUAUUGUGUAUGUAGUUCGUGUGUGUAUUUUUGUACUUGGAUAUUGAUUUAGGAUGUGUGAUAAUCAUAGCUUGUGCACACCAGUAAACUUAUGAUACUACCACAUCUUAAGUUUUAAUUUUGCUGAUAUUAGCAGGGUGAUGACCCAUUAUAGCAGUUGAGACAUUUAACUUUUCCUGAAAAGCUGUUACAAUUGAAAGACUAGCUCCCACAAAUGUUGUUAAUAAUACUUGUUGGUCUUCUUUUCUUCUUCAUUGAGAUUUAAACCUCAAUUGUGUAGCUGUGUAAACCAUAAGGGCAUCAUCCUUUAUUUUAAAGUGUCUUUUUAGGUGUGAUCACCUAUUUCCUAGAUAAAGGGUUGAUAUCUGUGUAACACAAGAGGUGCAACAGAGUCAGAAAAAGUAAUGAAUGGAAAAACUGGUUCAGUUUCUACAUUUUCCUCAAUGAUAUUAGGAAUAUGUGUUAUGAUUAUAAUUAAAGAAAUUAAAUUUUAAUGAAACUUGAAGUCUAGGUUACUUUAGCCAUAAAAAAUAUGAAAAAGAAAUCUGAAAGUUUUCAGAUUUUAUAUUACGCCUGAAGGUGUAUUUUUUUUAUUUAUUUACACAUUCAUAUAUGUUACAAGAGCAUUUGGGCUUAAAAACAUUUAAAAACAGCAUAUCUUCAGAAUUUCCAAUAGUUGAAUUUUCCAAUGUGUCAUGCGCUUUAGAUAAAAAUAUUUGUUCCAUACAGUGUGUUGCCACUGCUCGCUUUGAAAUUGUUGGGUUUCUUAAUAUAAAAAUUCCAUUAAAGUUUUAAAAAUAUGAAAUAAAUUAUGAAACAAAUU